AUGGCUAAUGCAGUGUCAGUUGUGACUAUUCUACCGAUAGUCUUCCAGCUACUUCAUUAUUGUAGUGGCAUUGGGCAGUUACGUAACUGCCCCUAUCUGGAACAAACAAGUCCUAAUCCCGAAUUGAACAGACACGUCAUUUGCUCCAGCGUUCAUGUAAGAACCAAUGAAACCGGGUGUAUGAUUUCAGAUUAUUUCAAAGCCGGAUUUACUUCAGAAGUUCGCGAGGUACAUAUAGCAAUUAUUAGUAAAAAUUGGAGAUGA